AGCAAUGUAGGUAGUUGUUCCGAGAUAAUGAGGGGGCUAUUUUACAAUUUUUUAUUGUUCAUGUUCAUUACCCAACGUGAAAUCCAAGCUAACACCUGUGGAUCCAAAAAAAUAAUGUGCAUAAACGAAACAAGUUAUAAGAGCUGCUCGACUUUUUUUGGUGUGGUGUUUACUAGUGGACAUGAUAUUAAAUGCGAUGAUGGCUACAUUUGUGAUGAAAACGAAGGGGAGCAGCCAUGCAUAAUCGAGGCAACUGUUAAACAAUUGGAAAAUGUAACUAUAAGCAAAAGAAGUGCUACUACGCAAACGCCUUUAACAUCGAAUGCUGAAUCAGCUAAUGAUAUAGCAGUUAUUGAGUUAGAUGUCGUACUGUCAAUUGUUGCAACGGUGGCAGAAUCCGACGUCUGUCCAGGACAUCCUACAUUGGCUCAAUGCUACGAUUGCGUUCAGGCUUUGAGGGAAUUUUAUCUAAGCAUAGAAGAAUGUGAAGAUUAUUCAUGCAACGCGGAAACCGCAACAGAUACAUCGAUUAAUUUCACCGCAACCACGACGACUCUUAAAACAAACACUUUAUCGACAAUUCAAAGAACAUCAAGCUCUCCUAGUACAACUUUGACAUCAAAUGUCAUUAGUAGCAACGAAAAUUCUAUAAUAAUUCCUAGUUCUGCCAAAGCAGACACAACAAAUACCCCAACGAAAAGCACUUUCUUAACUUAUCCAAGUGCAUCUCAAGCAACUUCAACUACAGCCAUAUAUACUGCCGUAAAUUAUACGUUACCUGAUUCUUUCAAAACCGAUAGAACUAGUUCAUUAUCCACUGAAGUCUCAGAUCUUAUUUCCUGUCCAACAUACCCGACCAUGACGCAAUGUUUCGACUGUGUUCAAGCCUUGAGGCAAUUCUACCUAAACUUAGAAGACUGUCAAGAAUAUAAAUGUAACACAGAAAUUGAAACAGCUAUUUCUACUAAGAUGACUGGAAAGCUUGAAGCUAGCACUACAUCUAACACUAACACAUUCAGUGCAACAGAAACACCUUCGCUGAUCUCCUCUACGAUUAUUUUCUCCGAUACUACAAAAUCGGGUAUCACUACUACUGUUCCCGCACUCACUACCCAAAAUACUCUUAUAAGUGACGGUUCAAAUUCUGUUACAAUUUCUACUUCUGACAAAACUAACCCAACCAGUACGCCAUUUAUAAAUCAAAGUACUGCCUUAACUAAUCCCAGCACCUCUCGAAUGACCUCUAGCGGUACUUCGAAAACUACAGACACAUCCAAAUCAACUUCUUUCGCCACCCAAUUAAGUGACUCUGAAAAUUCCGAAAGUACUUUUGUAAAAACUAAAAUCACUAGUAGGUUGCCUAUCGAAACUCACACUACUGCAGCUAUAUCUGGAGUAACUUCUAUGACCACCGUCUCUAACUGGCCAACAUCAUAUAGUUCUACAAAAUCCGAAACAUCCAGCUCAUCUUCUGCUUCUUUAAGUACUGUAGGUAUCUCUCCUAAUAGUAAUAAACCUAAAACGGUAUUUAGUACUGCCCAAACUGGUAUUAUCAAUUUCCCACCAACGAGUCAAAUUCCUGAGACAAGUUUUUUGACAACUACCACUAGUAGCAAUGAAAAUUUUCCAACAGUAUCUAAAGCUGAAAAUUUCACUUUGAUUUCUUUUAAAACUGAUUUACCAUCCAAAAUCCAAAGCACUUCCUUCACUACUGAAGAUUCGGCUGGAACAACUGCAAUUUUAGAGUCACUGUCUAGUUCUGCUAAAUCUGAAGCCGCCGGUUUAAUAACGACUACUGAAAGCGUUGUCUCAACUACUAAAAGUACACGGAAAUUUACUUCUACAACUAUCAUUAGUAGUGGUGGUGACUCUACUUCGAUUAUUGGAGACACUUCUGGAACAACUUCCAGCUCAAACACCUCUAGUAGCAGCUCGAGGACUACGAUGGUAUAUAGUUCUGGGAAUUCUGAUACGUUUAGUAUACCAUCCGCCACUCAAAGUGCGAAUUUGAUUACUGAAAUUGCAUCGGUAUCCACAACUUCCUUUGCUAAUGCUGCUAAUUCUGCAGCAGUAUCCUAUUCGAUUUCUGCAAGCACUACGAAUUCCGCAAGUUCUGCAAUAAGCUUGCCGUCUUCAAUAACUCAAACUGCUACAGAUACAUCUAAAUUAAGUUCUCCCACAACUACCAAUGAUAAAACUGCAAAUUCUGAAACAGCAUCUAGUUUUAUCAAAUCGGAGGCGACCAGCUUGCCAAAUGGAAAUCAAUCUGCCACCCCCGCCGCAGAGGACACAUCUAGCUCAACACAUCCGAUAACUAUCACAAGUAGUAUCGACAAUUCUGCACCAGUAUCCAUUUCAAGCUUGCUACCUUCAACUCGCACUGCUUCCACAAUUACUGUAGCUACAUCUAGAUUAACACCUUUAACAAUAAUCUCUAGUAGUAUAGAAAAUUCUCAGACAAUCUCUAGUUCUGUAAAAUAUGAGGAGACAAGUUUGUCAUCUACAACUCACACUGCUACCCCCACUAUCGCAGCUUCAUCUAGAUCAACACCUACUGAAAUAAUAUCUGGUUCCUUAAAAUCUGAGGCGUGGCCAUCUGCCACAUCGACUAUUUCAACCGCCUCAAGUGGUAUCAACAAUUCUACAACGGGAUCUAGUGCCUUAAACUCUGAGACGACCACAUUGUCAUCUACAAUUCGAAGUAAAUCGACUCCUGCAAACACAGCUAGAUUAACAUCAACUGCUUCUGAUAGCACUGCAAAUUCUGAAGUAAUACCUGGUUCCUCGAAACCUACUGCGACUAAUUUGCCAUCUACCACAUCAACUAGUGUUGGUGCAUCUGCAUCAAUUUCUACAAUUGUCGCAAGUAGUAUGGCCAAUUCUGCAACAGAAUCUAGUUCUUUAAAAUCUGAAACGAACAGCUUGCUAUCUACAACUCAAAUCUCAAAUUCUGCAACUGCGAGUACAUCUCAAUUAACUGACACGAGCAGUAUAUAUAGUAGCACAGAAAAUUCCGCAAUAGUAUCUAGUUCAAUAAAAUCUGAGGCAACCACCUUGCAAUCUACAAGUCAAAAUACCUCGGCUACAGCAGGAAAAACUAGAUUCACUGAUACCCCAACUAUAUCAAGUAGUACCGAGAAUUAUGCAACAUAUUUUAGUUCUCUAAAGUCUGAGGAGACGAGAUUGCCAUCCACGACUCAAAAUGCCAACUCCACUACCGCAGCCACAGAAUCUAGUUCAACUGAAACUGGUACCUCGAAUACUGGAGGUACAUCCAGAUUAACUACCACGACAACUAUUAGUAUUGGUAGUACUGAUAGUUCCGCAACGGUAUUUAGUUCUAGUUCUAAAUCCGAUUCGACCAGAUUGGUACCUACAACUCCAACAGCCAUUUCGAAUUCUGCAGGUGCAUCUAGAUUAACUACUACCACAACUAUACCAAAUAGUACUGAGAAUUCCGCAACAGUAUCUAGUUCUGCAAAAUCUGAGUCGACCAAAUUAGUACCUACAACUCCAACAGCCACUUCGAAUAAUGCGGGUUCAUCUAAAUUAACUUUUAAGACAACUAUACCAAGUAGUACUGGGAGUUCCGCAACAGUAUCGAGUUCUGCAAAAUCUGAGUCGACCAGGUUGGUACCUACAAGUCCAACAGCCACUUCGAAUACCGCAGGUGCAUCUAGAUUACCUACUACGACAACUAUACCAAAUAGUACUGGGAGUUCCGCAAAAGUAUCUAGUUCUGCACAAUCUGAGUCGACCAGGUUGGUACCUACAACUCCAACAGCCACUUCGAAUACUGCAGGUGCAUCUAGAUUAACUACUACGAGAGCUAUACCAACUAUACCAAUUAGUACUGGAAGUUUUGAAACAGUAUCUAGUACUGUAAAGUCUGAGGCCACUAGCUUGCCAUCUAUAACACAUGAAGUUGCUUCGACUACUGUUUCUGAUUCUAUUAUAACGUUUUCGUCUUCCACAACUCAAAACGCAAUAGUCACAAGUACCACCACGUUGUCUAGAGGAACAACUACGUCGCCUAUUUUUGAUACCACUAAUGCUUCAGUAGCGACUUCAAGUUUUCCCCAGACGCAAGCGUCAAGAAGUACUACGUCAAGUACAACGCCAUCGACAUCGACGUCAACGACCACACGUACCACAACUUUAAGUUCUACGACGGCGGUUACUCCACCUACAUCCUGCUCGACUGCCAAUGUCAGAUACCCGUCAGCUCGCUGUAACCAAUACUAUGAAUGCGUAAAGGCGGUUGGAUUGUAUUACGUAGUAAACCGCAACUGUGGAUCAGGUCAGGCGUUUAACUCUCAAACUUCUCAAUGUGAAAUCAGCGCUACCUGUACGUAAGCUAGCAAUACAUAUUGAUGAAUGAAUUCCUAUGUGUAUUACAUUAAAACUCGCACAUUUAUAUUGAUAUUGAUUUAUUUGACUUAAAUUUUUAUUAAAUUUAUUGACUUCUUUUUACGGCCUAUAAUAAAUAACCUUCCAAACAUACAUAAAAAAAUAUGGCAAACCUUCACUGGCAAAAAAAAUCCCCAACGCAUUCUUGAGAACCUAUAAAUGAAAAACUUUAUAGGCCUACGCAAAAAUUGAUUUUUAAACUGUUUUGUUUUCAAUAUGUCUAAAGGGUGAGUCAAUAAUGGAAAUAUUUUAACUAUAGUACCCUCACA